GGAACUUGGAAUCAAUAUCAUUACAGAGCAGAGGUACUGUUCCCCGUCUCUCUGUCAUAGAGCCUCAGAAUGGUGGGUUUAUCAGCACCGAUUCCGUUAUCAAACACAACUACCGAAGUGUGAAUGGGGAUCAAGGUGUUAGAUUGCAGCGUUCUUAGUCUGAUGAUCGGGCGACCUAGGUGUGAGGAAACAGAUAUACCACAUCACAAUGGGUUAAAUUUAGUGGUAUGUUGAUAGCUUUAUGUACGGACAGCCAGGUGUGAAAUAGCUCAGUUCCAUGCCGAUUCAUUUCUUAAUUGUGAAUAGAAUGUUUAAAACAAAAUUGCGUGUUACUGAGAUCUGUCAUACCAGGGACGAGAUGCUGUCUUUUUUUACCUUUCAAUAACAUUGGUAUUUGAAAACUUUGGCUAGGGAUUUUCACACAGUAUUUCCUGUGGAAGAAAUGAUCAACUCAAAGUUAAACCAGAAGAUAAUAUGAUCGGCAAUGCAUUGAAGACUGUCAGAAAAAUCCGAAGAAAAUCUCCGUGCUCGUUUAUUUCCGCUGGUUUAGUACUCUUCCUAGUGUGUUUUCUAGGUUUCAAUGACAAGUUACUGUCCCAUGAUGCUUGGGUUCCGGCAAGUUACAGAGGCCAUCUAUCCGGAUACCAUAACAGGGACCUGCGGACCAUUUUCCUCGGUGGCAAUGUUAGUCGAUUGCAGUUUAAAGGAACGGACAAUGGGAGAACGGCCCAUAAACUUUUUAAUUUCAAGAACGGACGAAAUCUGACAGCGACAACUGAAAUAAACCUAGGGAAAGUCUCGAGCCAGACCGACAACCUGUAUUUAACGCAGACGGACAACGACAGAAAGCGACGGCUUCCGCAGGCCAUAAUCAUAGGGGUCAAAAAAGGCGGGACCCGGGCCUUGUUAGAAUUUCUCCGUGUCCAUCCUGAUGUCAAGGCCACUGGUCCGGAGCCACACUUCUUUGACAAACAUUACCAAAAGGGCCUGGAUUGGUACAGAUCCCUGAUGCCAGAAACAAUGCCUAAUCAAAUAACUAUUGAGAAAACACCAAGUUAUUUCAUAACAAAAGAAGUUCCGGAAAGAAUUUUCCAAAUGUCCAACUCUACCAAACUUGUACUAGUUGUGAGGGACCCCGUGACUCGGGCUAUAUCAGAUUAUACCCAGAUUCUCAGCAAACACGGCAAAUCCAAGUCUUUCCAAAGCUCUGCUUUUCUACGAAAUGACACAACUAAAAUAAACAUUUCGUGGAUUGUGAUCAGAAUCGGUUUAUACGUCAAACAUUUGGAGAACUGGCUAUCUGUGUUUCCACUGAAACAAAUUCAUAUUGUUCACGGUGAAAAUUUAGUGACAAAUCCAGGCGAGGAAGUGAGAGAGGUCCAGAAAUUCCUGGGCUUAGAACCGGUUAUUACCGACAAACAUUUCUUUUUCAAUGAAAGACGAGGUUUUCCGUGCAUAAAAAAGAAACUGAAACACAAACGAGGACACUGUCUGGACGAGAGUAAAGGGCGACCCCACCCACGCCUCCCCGAGAGUGUUAUGUCAGCCCUCAGACGCUUCUAUCGUCCAUACAAUAAACAGUUUUACAGAAUGACAAAUAUAGAUUUCAACUGGACUUAGGGCCUUCACCUGGUAUAUCGAAAUCUUUGGUUGAUGUGUGACAGAAGUUUUACGGACCUCUACUACCAUAACACUGGGGCCAUGCAGAACAAAAUUGUUGCCCGUUACCAGGUUGGACCCUAACUAACCGUGCAAGAACGCGCGUGGCAGACCCGACUGCGGGGUGCCCUCAGACAUCAGAUGUUCACGGUCAAUCAGCAGUUCACAUACUGAAGGGAAUACUUCAUAAAACUGAUUCAAAAAAGGAAAGCAAUGUGUGAAUCAACAUAACAGUCGUCAUGGGUGUUCGAAGAGAAAACAGAUAACAAUCGUGAAAACCUGAGAAACAAUGUGUUUAAGGAAAAUGUCAGUUUUAAUUUUCAGUUCGAGUCAGACACCAGUGUGUGAAACAAGCAACUUCGUCGCUUUUUUUAAUUGUAAGCGGAUCGUUGACGUGAAAAAAGAAUGAAAAAAGAUUUAUUCACCAAAUUAAAUUCAAGCUAUUUAAACUAUUUAUUGACACACCGAAAAGGUUAUCUAAGCUAUUUUUAUUGAAAUCAUUUGUAAUACAUGCAAUGUUUCUUUCGCAGAUCGAUAAAACUAAAGUCAGGUGACGAA